CAGCAGAGCAGCUGAGUGAGACUAACAAGUGGUUGCCAUGCAGCAGGAGCAAGCGCGCGUGCUUCUAGAGGGAGAGAUAGAGAAACAGAAUGAUAAUGAGCAGGAGGCAGCAGCGAGCGCUAGGACAGGAGCCGCAUCUCUCAGGAGAAACACGUAGAACGGAUUGAUCCAGCCCCACGCCUCUGUUCCUCUGUCUUCUCCUUUUUUUUACCCCCCUUUACCCUCACCUGGUUUUUUUGUUGUUGUUUUUUGUUGUUGUUUUUUUUGCUCAGAUGUGAGCUGCUAGCCUAGCGCAUCCAGCAUGCCAGCAAUGGGUGGAUUAACGGAUACACGUCUGAGAGCUCCAAGGAGGAGGAGGAAGAGUUGCUUGCAGGAAUCGGCAGCAACAGGUCUGUAAGGAUGGCAUGGAAAUGAUGGUGACAUGCAGGCUUCUAAACGCCUGACCCCAUCUGUGAAGAGAUGAGGCACCUAGACGUGGGCUUACCAUGAGCAGCGUCCACUUCAACCACUCCCUUGCUGCCAUGAGUGGAAACGACAUAAUGGCGCACUCUCUGACUCUGGAGCAGAAGACGGCGUUUGCUUUCGUGGGGAUGCUGCUGGUGUUCUUGGGACUGCUGAUAAUACGCUGCUUCAGGAUCCUGCUGGACCCCUACAGCAGCAUGCCCUCCUCCAACUGGGCCGAUGGCAUAGAAGGGCUGGAGAAAGGGACGUUCGAGUACGCCCUCACCUAACGGUGGGACAAGACUACACGAAAAUUACGAGAAAAAAACACCCAAGCCUGCACAACCACCGCACCUGACACCCCCAUUAAAACACCUCCAAGUGAAACCACUUGGGGUUGUGGUUCAUCACUUGCUUGAGCAGCUUCUCAGCUCAAGCUGCAAAGCUGUGUGUUGUGUGAUGUGCGUGAAUUGCUAGGUGAGAGAGCCUUUACUGUAUGUGAGUAUAUGCGAACUGUGUGUGUGUAUAUAGGUGUGUGUGUGUGUGUGUGUGUGUGUCUUACUGGAUGUGAGGCAGAUGCUGUGUCACAUUGGGUGACCUUCUGCCAGAGGGCGCGUAUUUUAGCUCAUCAAUUGACAAAGAACUUGGCUGUAGCUCCCUUUAACCCACACCAACAAGCUGAAUGUCACGACGAGGUGGAUUUCUGUGGAACGGGGUGGGAGACUGAAGACUCAGGGACAAGAUGCCUCACACAAACUUAGAACAGAGGACAGCGAGGUUGCACUUCUGCACAAGCGGAACAGUUCAGCACAAGACUGCACCUGGAUGGAUACAGGGUAUUACGUCAAACUAGUGCUUUGCGAGCUACUCAAACCCAGUCUGUCGGGAAUCUAAAGGAAAGCAGCCACUUUUUUGUUGGAUCGGUCCUUUUUCUGGUGUCUUGCUUCCUGACGUCCUGCGGCAAAUAAGCAAACUGUGACCUACAUUGUGGUAUCCCUGUUUCUAAAUAAUGCAAAAUGAGCUCAGAGAUUGUACCGCUCCUGCGUCAGAGCGAUGGUGAACUGAAAGUGGCCAAAGUUAUAUGGACUGACUGACUGAUGAGCAUAAGACAAGAGACUUUUUUUUUCCACUCAGAGCACUGUUGUUCCAGAUCACUGGGAGGAACUCACUCAGCAGAAAUGUCAUAUAAAACAAGGACGGGAAGUUUGUCAGCUCUACACUUGACCAUAUUUUCAGACCAUCCCAAAACUCCUCCCUGCCCCAAUCUCUUCCUUCCACCCAGAGGGAGACGGAACGGUCCGGAAAGCAGACCGUUUACAGUCUGGACUGUUCCGUUGAUAAUUUUUACGGUCUACUGUUUCUCCUUAGUGCUGUGAAUCUGCCUUACUGUGACCUUCAAUGGGUUUAUGUGCCUUCAUCUAGAAACAUUAGAGCACCUGUUUGUGGGUGUGUGGGAGGGAGUGUGUGUGUGUCUGUGAGUGAGUGUCACAUCAUAAUGACAGGCCAGUUGCUUGCUCCGCUGGUGAUAGAGAUUUUGCAUUGAUUUCAUUUGAUUUGAUGAUGUGAAAUAAAAAGGAUUUAUUCACUUUAAA